AUGGCUCCUUUCAUCGAGGUGGCGGACUUUCAGAUUGCGGAUGGAGGAAUUCUGGAUAGCACGGAAUUUUGCAGUGGUGAUGGCGUGGGUGAUGGCCCUGAAACCAACGCAAAUAAUCAAAGUGAUAAGGGUAUCCAUAGGAAGAGGUCUUCACAAGACGCCCCCAGACCAGCUCCUCCAGAGCCCAUUGCUAUCUGUGGCAUGUCAGUACGACUCCCUGGAGCCGUGCACACACCUCAGGAACUAUGGAAGUUCCUGAUAUCCAAGCGCGACGCCCGUGGCCCUGUACCCGAAUCCAGAUAUAAUGUUUCGGCAUAUCAUUCUAAGACCGCCAAGCCAGGCAGCGUCAGCUCUGAAUAUGGGUAUUUCCUCGAUGAGAGCAUCGAUAUUGCAUCUAUUGAUACUUCAUUCUUCACAAUGGGGAAGUCAGAAGCAGAGCGUGUGGACCCUCAGCAGCGCCAGAUGUUGGAAGUUGCCCGGGAGUGCUUGGAAGAUGCUGGCGAAGUUAAUUGGAAAGGCAAAUCCAUUGGUUGCUUUAUGGGGAGUUUUGGGGAAGACUGGGUUGAGAUGUUUGCAAAAGAAAACCAGCAAUAUGGCCAGCAUCGAGCAACCGGCCAUGGGGAUUUCAUGUUGGCCAAUCGUGUUUCAUAUGAGAUGGAUCUCACAGGACCGAGUAUGGUCAUUCGCACUGCUUGUUCGGCCGCUCUCGUUGCACUCCACGAAGCGUGUCUCGCAUUGUAUAGGGGCGACUGUGAAGCCGCUAUCAUCGGUGGUGCCAACCUGAUACUAGGCCCUGGUAUGACCACUUCUAUGGCGGAGCAAGGCGUGCUCUCACCAGAUGGCUCAUGCAAGACCUUCUCCGCCGAUGCAAAUGGCUAUGCUCGGGGGGAAGGGAUUUCUGCAAUCUUCAUCAAACCUCUUGCCAACGCCCUACGAGAUAAUAAUCCCGUCCGAGCUGUGAUCCGUGCAACGGCCUCCGCCAGUGAUGGCAGAGGAACUAGCAGUGGAAUAUCAGUUCCCAAUGAUGUUGCUCAGGAAGCUUUGAUAAGACGAGCAUAUGAGAUCGCCGGAAUCAGCGACUAUUCCGAGACGGCGUUCUUCGAAUGCCAUGGUACUGGAACACCAGUCGGAGAUCCAAUCGAAGCCAGGGCGGUUGGGCGUGUCUUUGGUCCCUCUGGUGGUAUUAUGAUAGGAUCCGCCAAACCUAACUUCGGUCAUUCCGAAGGAGCUUCGGGUCUUACAUCGCUGAUCAAGUCGGUCCUAGCCUUGGAGCAUCGUGUUAUCCCACCGAACAUCAAGCUCGGAGACCCCAACCCGGCAAUUCCGUGGGAUGAAUUUGGACUCUCUGUUCCCACGGAGCCAUCAAACUGGCCUGAGUCGCGAAGGGAACGCAUCAGUGUUAACUCGUUCGGCAUUGGAGGCACCGAUGCCCACGUUAUCCUUGAUUCGGCUCAUAGCUUUGGCAUUUCUCCGGUGUCCGAAUGUUUUACCAUAGAGCCGCAAUUGCUUCUCUAUUCGGCCAAUAAUAUUGAGUCGUUGAACAGGAUGAGCGCGAUUUAUAAGACCUACAGCCAAAAGAAUUCCCGAAAAGUGAGCGACCUGGCCUUCACAUUGAGCCACAGAAGAGAACACUUGAUUCAUCGGGCUUUUGCAAUCAAGAAUGCCCUUGGAACCCUCACAACUUCAGCUCCAUCAAAAUCCGGUGACGCACCUGCGGUUGUGAUGGUUUUCACUGGUCAAGGUGCUCAAUGGCCACAAAUGGGUGGUGGUUUGUUCCAUAGUCCAUCUUAUCCUGUUUUUAAGGAAACAAUCCGGUCGCUCGACCAAUAUCUUCAAACACUUGAACCUGCCCCAAAAUGGCGCAUUGAAGAUGAGCUCUUGAGGGGUCCUGAGCACAGCAAACUUGGAUGGGCUGAGCUAUCACAGCCUCUCUGCACAGCAAUCCAAAUUGCUUUGGUCGACGUUUUUGCUUCUGUCGGAGUUCAGGCCUCUGCUGCAGUUGGACACUCUAGUGGUGAGGUGGCUGCUGCUUAUGCCGCUGGCGCUCUGACGGCCAAUGAAGCGAUCACAAUUGCAUUUUACCGUGGUCAGGUCACUCAGCUGCAGAACAAGCCCGGGGCUAUGGCAGCAAUCGGAAUGGACGCCGAUUCUGUACAGCAAUACCUGAAACCUGGGGUGAUCGUUGCAUGUGAGAACUCGCCUAGGAGUGUCACCCUCGCUGGAGACGCUCAAGAGGUUGAAGAGGUGGUGGCCAGCAUCAAAGAAGCUAAGCCGGAUCUAUUGGCGAGAAAAUUGCAGGUCGACAAGGCGUACCAUUCCCAUCAUAUGGUCGAGAUAGGGGAGCAAUAUCACGCUCUCAUCGAACCGCAUGUCACCGCGAAAGAUGCCCGGGUGUUGUUCUUCAGCAGUGUCGAAAAUGCAGUGCUCAGUGAGAGCAGCGAAUUCGGUCCGAAGUAUUGGCAAAAGAACCUGGAGUCUCCAGUUCUCUUUUGCUCGGCUAUUGAAUCUAUCAUCCAACAUGAUGUUGCGAAGAAUAUGGUGCUUCUUGAAAUCGGGCCUCACUCUGCACUUGCGGGCCCCUUGCGUCAAAUCCAGGCCCACCACUCCACCUCCUCUCCGUAUGUGUCUGCCCUGACUCGCAACCAACACGACGUGGAAUCAUUUUUGACUGCUGCUGGGAUUCUUUACUCUCUUAAUGCCAGUCUCGAUUUGAAAAGACUUAUUCCCAGGGGCCGGACUCUUCCAGACCUCCCAAGAUACCCAUGGGACCACUCGAAACGAUUUUGGUAUGAGUCUCGACUCAGCAAGGAGUGGAGAUGUCGCGAGUACAAGUAUCAUGAUCUUCUUGGGGUUCGAGUCACGGAAAGUUUUGAAUUCGAUAUUCUCUUCCGGAAUCUAUUCCAUCUGGACAACGCUCCAUGGAUUCGGGACCACAAAGUCGGCGAUGAUGUGAUUUUCCCCUUUGCCGGGUAUGCUGCGAUGGCUGGCGAGGCUGUGCGGCAGGCUACUGGGGUGGAGCAGGCCUUUAAGCUGCGCGAUAUAAUCGUCAGUACUGCCCUCGUCUUGAACGAUGGGCCUCCGGUCGAGAUCAUGACCAGCCUACGCCCACAUCGCCUGACAGAUUCUCUCGAUAGCGAGUGGUGGGAAUUUACAAUCGCCUCUUACAAUGGAACUCUUUGGACCAAACACUGCUCCGGCGAGGUCAGAUCUCAAACCGACGACUUUGGAGCAGCUCCGAAAACCGCACCCUUUGUGCGCAAGGUUGCUAAACGUCGGUGCUAUGAGUCUAUGGCUAGAUCUGGUCUCAAUUUUGGAAAUGCUUUUCAACGCCUUGAAGGAAUUCGCUCCGACACCUUAUCACAGCAAGCAACUUCUGAAGUCCUUGCCAAGGAGACAGAUGGGAAUGAAUAUCAUCUGCACCCGACAAUCAUUGAUGCUUCACUACAGCUCCUCAGUGUCGCAGCUUCUAAAGGCUAUACUACGUCCACAACCAAGAUCAUGGUUCCCACCAAUAUCAAAGAGAUGUGUAUCUAUCGCUGCCACAAAGAUGUCCGGGUUCGCGCCUCAGCAUCCAACACCCCGAACGGCUCUAUAAUCGGCAGCGGUCAGUGUAUCUCGGCGGGUGGAGAACUUGUUUUGCGCAGCUCAGGGGUCAGACUCUCUGUUAUAGAUGACCAGGAAUCGGAAAAGUCUGGAGAUCUGACUGCGCUGGUAAAGUGGGGUCCUCAUAUUGACUUCUUGGAUGUGAGCACACUUAUCAAGCCGGUGACUGAGAUCGCAGAGUCCAUGGACACAUGUGUCGUCCGCGCCAGUGACAUCCAGGAUCUGACUGAACUGUCUCAUCUAUGCAUGAUCCACACGAAGCGUACUUUGGGAGGUCUAGAGACAACCAUUCCACACAUGCUCAAAUAUCGAUCCUGGAUCGAUCAUCACCUCCAAAAUGCCGACGUGAAUGGCCUCGAAUCGCUUGAAGAGAAUGUCAUUAAUCAACGGGUAAAGCGGAUCGUGAACGAUCUAUCUCAAACUGCUGCUGCUGACUUCGCAAAUGCCAUUUACAAAAUCAACAGCCAGAUUAAACAGAUUUUUGUCGGCGCGGUUGAGCCAUUAGAUCUGCUUGUUGCGGACGAAACACUGACAGGAAUGUACCAUUACAUGGAUCGGUGUGAUGAGUCGGAGUUUUACAAGAAUUUGACUCACAGCAAACCAAACCUCCGUGUUCUUGAGAUUGGAUCUGGCACUGGUGGAUCUACCGCAAAGGUUCUGAGGCUUUUGAAACCUGACAACAAAGCUUUGUACUCCACAUACACUUUCACUGAUAUUUCCUCUGGAUUUUUUGUCGCUGCAAAGAAGCGUUUUGAAUCGUACCCAAAUAUCGAGUAUAAAACUCUCGAUAUCAGCAAGGAUCCGUCUGAGCAGGGAUUCGAAGACCACAAGUACGACCUCAUUCUAGCCACCAAUGUCAUUCACGCCACAGAGUCAUUGCAAACAAGCCUCUGUCAUAUCCGAAACCUACUUGAGCCUAACGGUCGCCUCCUGCUGACUGAGCUGACCUCGACCUCAAAAUGGGUGAACUACAUUUGGGGCCCCCUGGCCGGCUGGUGGUAUGGCGACUCUGAGGGCCGAUCAGAAGAGCCAUAUAUCAGCCUCAAUCAGUGGGAGAUAGAGCUCAAGGCCGCUGGAUUCCGUACACCGGACGCCGCGGUUCGCGAUUCAGCUUCACCAUAUGAAAUAUGCUCUGUUAUAGUGGCAAGACCAGACUUGCACGUCCAACCAACCUCAUCUGUUACACUCCUGACACUUUCACCAGAGUCUGAACAGGGCAAGCUCCUGCUUCGCAGCUUUGAAGCCAAAGGGUAUAGGGUACACUGUUGCACGCUCCAGGAUAUGUCUCUCCCCACUGGUCAAGAUGUCAUUGCUCUGCUUGAUGAGCAUGGUCCCUUUUUCGAAAAUAUCGGGGAUCUGAGGUUCAGUCGUUUCAAAGAAUUGAUUCAGAGCUUGGGAGAACGCGGCAUCUUCUGGGUGACUCAACUUUCGCAAAUCCAUUGUCAAGAUCCACGAUUCGGUCAGAUUCAUGGCAUCGCCAGAACUACUCGCUCUGAGUUGCUCGUUGACUUUGCCACUUGUGAAGUUGACAAUUUCGAGUCGUCUUCUGAUCAAGUAAUUGAGGUUUUUCAAGCAUUCCAGGUACGCCAAGAGAGUGAAACUUUCAAACCUGAAUUUGAAUACGCAAUCGUUCAAAACACCGUUCGUGUUGGGCGUAUACACUCAUUCUCGACACAAGAAGAGACUGCAAUCAGUGAUACGACCGAUAGUAUUACUCUACGCACCAGUAAAGCUGGACGCCUUGGCGCUUUGCACUGGACUCGACAGGAGAUGGUGGUAUUGAAGGACACUGAGGUGGAAAUCGAAACAUACGCCACUGGCUUGAACUUCAAAGAUGUUCUGUGUGCCAUGGGUAUUGUGGAAGCCGCAGACAAUUCAUUCGGUCUUGAGGCAGCUGGUGUUGUCCGUCGCCUCGGUCCUGGUGUUCAACAUCUGUCCGUCGGCGAUCGUGUACUACUCAUUGGACGAGGUGGAUUCGGAACACGUGUGGUUGUGUCUGAGAAUCUAUGUGAGAAGAUUCCAGGCGGGUUGAGCUUUGAAGACGCAGCCACCAUGCCUUGCGUGUUUGCGACAUCAUUUUACUCACUCUUUACCGUGGGAAACUUACAAAGGGGACAGUCCAUUCUCAUCCACAGUGCUUGUGGUGGAGUUGGUAUUGCCACUAUUCAGUUGGCUCAAAUGGUUGGUGCUGAAAUAUAUGCAACCGUCGGCAGCGAAAAGAAGGUCCAGUAUCUGAUGGAGACAUUCGGCCUUCCUCGAAACAGGAUCUUCAAUUCCCGCAACACCUCGUUUGUCGAAGAUCUCAUGCGGGAGACUGGGGGUGAAGGUGUUGAUCUAGCACUUAAUUCUCUCUCUGGUGAGCUUCUGCAUGCAACAUGGGAGUGUGUUGCCGAGUUCGGAAAGCUGGUUGAGAUUGGGAAACGAGACCUGAUUGGAUCUGGAAAGCUCGACAUGAGCAUCUUCGAGGCUAAUCGUAGCUAUUGUUGUGUGGAUUUGGAUCAUAUCUGUGUCAAACGGCCAAAGGUUGUGAAGAAGUUGCUCCAAAAUAUCAUCAGCUUGUUGAGAGAGAGACACAUCCAUCCGAUCCGGCCUAUCAAGGUGUUCAAGUCUGAUGAGAUUCUGGACGCGUUUCGGUAUAUGCAACAAGGCGUGCAUUUGGGCAAAAUAGUGGUAUCAAUGCUCGACAUAUCAGAUCACGCUUCUUCGCCGGGGGUUGUUCAACAGCGAAGGAAAGAGACUCGGUUCCAUGAAUCAGGUGCUUAUCUACUCGUUGGAGGCCUUGGUGGUAUAGGUCGUUCAAUCUCUACCUGGAUGGUAGAGCACGGAGCUCGUCACAUCAUCUAUCUAUCUCGGACUGCAGGUACAACUGAAGCCCACGAAGACCUUAGCCAGGAGCUUUCCAGUAUGGGAUGUCGCGUUCAAUUUGUCCAGGGGAGUGUGGUUGUUCUCCAGGAUGUCAUUAAGGCUAUGUCACAUGCACAUGGACGACUGAAGGGUAUUUUACAAAUGUCCAUGACUCUUUGCGAUCAAGCAUUUGGUCAAAUGACGCUGGAGAGUUGGAAUGCAGCUGUUGAUCCCAAAGUCAAGGGGACGUGGAAUCUGCACUCCGCUUCCAUGUGCAUCCAAGCUGAUCUUGAUUUAUUCGUUCUCUUCAGUUCCCUUUCUGGUGUUAUCGGAACCCCAGGUCAAGUCAACUAUGCGGGUGCGAACAGCUUCCUAGAUGCAUUUGCAGACUACCGGCGGGGCUUGGGUCUUGUCGCUAGCUCAAUUCAGAUUGGUGCUGUCGAUGGAAUUGGCUACCUUGCUGAGCACGAUUCAGUCAGACAAAAGCUCACGAGUGCUAAUUUGGGCUCUUCCAUUUCAGAAAAUGAGCUUCUUGAGGUGCUACGGGCAGUCAUGACACCAAUUCCGACUGCAGCGAAGUCCACAACUACAACCAGCUUCAUGCUGGGACUUCGCAGUAAUACCACGCUGAGCAGCCCCGCAAACCGUUGCUUGUGGAAGAAGGACGUUCGUAUGGCUUCCUUCCACAACUAUGUCGAGGCCGACAUUGCAGCCAGCUCUACUUCAAAUGACAGUCUGAAAUCCUUUAUUGCCACAGCCAAGGGCGAUGCUUCUCUGCUGGGUAAAUCUGAAUCUAUUGAGUUCCUGGCGGCAGAGAUCGGGAGGAAAAUUUUCAAUUUCUUAUUGAAGCCCGAAGAGGACCUUCAGACAACAUGCACCCUUUCUGAUCUAGGAAUGGACUCUCUUGUGGCUAUUGAGGUUCGACAAUGGUGGAAGUCAACUUUCGGCUUCGAUAUCAGCGUACUCGAGAUGAUGGGAAUGGGAACUCUGUAUGCUCUAGGUGAGCAUGCGUCUCGGGGUAUGCUCAGUCUUUUCCACGGUGAAAAUCAGCUGUUCGUUUAG